GUGAAGUGAUAGGGUACCGUGAAACGUGAGUACUGUAUCAUAGGUUUCGCUGCUUCUCAUUAGUCUUCUCCUGUUUGAGCUGUUCGUUUUCUUAUGCUCGGUGUUUUGCCCAAUUCUGAUGCAAAUGGAUAAGUUGUGGAGUGGAGGGUUUAUUAUUGUGUGGCUUCAGAGCGAAACGGCGUGCUCAGCGUCAGAGCGCCCCCUGAAACCCAGCCAGACUCAGCCGCACCCGAUCCCAUUCCUUCGCUGCGAACUACAGCAGCACCAGCCAGCACCCGACGUCCUCUGCAGUCAUCCACAAAGGCUAACCAGAUGAAACCCCAAUCGACACCAUGGAUAUCGUAUCGAGAACUGAUCAGAGCGGUCGGGAUCGAUCCGGAAUUGAAUCCUUCAUCGUGGCGAAAGUCCAUCGAUCAUUCCGCAGAAACAGUGGUCUUCUUCCAAGUGGAUCUGCGCGGCGCACUGCCCCGCAUGAGCAAGAGCGUGCGCGUGUGUCGCGACCAGCUCUCUGGCGAGGACAAGCAGGGCCGGCUGAUCCCGACGGUGUUCGUGGACGAGACGCAGCUCAGCUCCGAUUACGUCAAAGCGGUGAUCGGACGACGCUUCCUCUCCGACGAAGACGAUCUCAUGAAACUGCUGGAACACGUCGGAGUGCUGCGACCCGAUGAAGAAGCGGGGGAAGGACAGGAGAACGACGGAAGGGACAAUGUAUAUCAGGAAGAUGAAACGGAAAACAUAUCGUAUCUUCCCCAGCCCGAGCCGAAGCGAGCGAGAUUUGCGGGACGAACGGAUUUUGGCCAACGGAUUGAACGAAUUGCAGCCAAUAGAUCUCACACCGGUACCGGAAGCCAUCAGACAGAAUCGGCAGGCAGCGCUUAUCGCACACCUUCUGAUCUCCCUCCAUACCCUCGCAGCGCAACAGCCGCAACUGAUCAUUUACCGACGGGUGUUGCGGAUGAAAAGGCAGCCGAAGUUACGGAUGCAGAUGUGGAAAUGGGAGGUUCUGCAGUCGAAGAUGAUGACGAUAAUUUUCCUUUACCCGAAUACGUCCAACACGACGUUCCUGGCUCUUCUGCUCACCACAAUGACGAAGAACACUUAGAAUCUGGAUUGGAGGAUGAGAACGAUGUCGAAGACGCAACCGAUGAAACACCUGGUGAAGAAGGUACGGGAGAAGCGGAACUGUUUACUCAUCAGGAAACAACGGUGCUGAUUGACAACGUCAAAGCCCAUCCGGUUCUGUGGCGGAAGCAGAAUCAAAGCGGGAGCACGACCGACCGGACCCGGCAGCAACAACUGGCGUGGGAGAAAGUGACGGCAGCCGUGAGUCGCGCGACGGUGGCGGGCAAGCCGAAAAAGACCAGUCAGCAGUGUUCCAGAAAGUGGGGCAGUUUACACGCGUACUUCCGGAUGAUUUUGCCAACGACGAAGGAGGAUGAGGCACUGCGUAACAGAUGGCCGUUUACCCAGCAGAUGAUGUUUACCAAAUCGGAGGAUAAAAUGCGAAAAAGACAUGGUAAUUCUCUGGAAAACAGAUAGUGAUAACUAGUGCGUAAAUGUUUGUUAAAGUAAUCGCCACUAAAGUAAUCACGAGCCUGCAUUUUUGCGGUAUUUGUAUAAAGUUUUGAAAUGCAUCUGUCAUUUGCAUAGUCGCAGAAUUUCCUGUCUGUUUUGAUCUGUGCAUGGCGUUGAGAAACGUUUUUUAUGGUUUGUUUGUUAUUUCCCCACAACUCACCUGGUAAACAUGGAUAGUGCAAAUGCGAUUGAUCUGCUCUUGCGUCUGCAAAUAAGAGACUCGGAACGCUCUUGGAAAAAAUAAA